AUGGACGCCCAACAACAUCACCGCAAUCCCUCCCGGGCGUCCGACGCGCUCAGCGCCGCCGUCGCUGAAUCCGAAGACGAACACAUCAGAUGCGCCAAGUUCCGCCAGCAAGAGCUCUGGGCCUGGAAGCCCGUGUGGUCCCCGAAAGUCGUCAUCGUCAUGUACCUCAUCGUGUGCGUCGUCUUCAUCCCGCUGGGCGUCAUCGUCUUCGUGAAGAGCUCCAACAUGGUCGCCACCGCCCGCCUGCGCUACGACAACGUCGGCGCGUGCAGCAUCGGCCCCGGCCCGUUCGCCGACGCCGAGUCCGCCCCGGAAGGCAACUGCGUCAUCGCCGUCGACAUCGACCGCAACGUCACCGCCCCGGCCUACUUCUACUACGGCCUGGUCAACUUCUACCAGAACGCCCGCACGUACGUCACCAGCCGCGACGCCCUGCAGCUGCGCGGCGACGACCGCUCCGAGUCCCAGGUCGAGGACAACUGCAAGCCGCUCGUCACCCUCCCCAACGGCUCGCUGCGCAACCCGUGCGGCCUCAUCGCCAACUCCCAGUUCAACGACACCUUCGACUUUUGCACCGACGAGCAGUGCAACGACCAGCUCACGCUCAAUUCUACCAAUAUCGCCUGGCGCGUCGACCGCGAGAAGCGCUUCACCUCGGAACAAGUCCGCGGCAAGGAGGACCUCAUGGUCUGGAUGCGAGUGUCGCCGUACCGCAACUGGAAAAAACUCUAUAGUCGCAUCGAGAACAACAUCCAGGCCGGCCGCUAUUAUGUGCGCGCCACCUCCCGCUUCCCCGUCGAGGGCUUUGAGGGCGAAAAGUUUUUCUACAUUGCCGAGACAACUUGGUUUGGCGGCGCAAAUAAGCUCCUGGGCCUAGCUUAUAUCGUCGUCGGGGGCGUCGCCUUGGUGCUGUCCUUGGUCUUUAUCGUGGCGAGUAGGAAGACCCCCGACCUGGAUCUUCCGCCGGAGACCACUGUGAUGCUGGAUGGCAUAUCGCCACAGGUUAGGCCAGAGUCGUCUUCGGAUGAGGGCACAAGGGCGGUCACGUUAGACGCGUGACUCUAGAGGGGACUCAAGUUGGUACUAGUCGACCAAUAUUGUAUAUUGUGACCCGGGUCGUCGUGGUGUUUUGCCAUGCCCGCUGGGAUUCAGACAGUUUUGUGGCAUGUUCCGGUUGUGAUUAUGUUUUUCGUACAAGCGUGCGGAUAUGAGCCCAUAUGUGAGAGCAGUCAAUAGUACAAAAAGUAAAAGCUAUGAUCCCGAUA